AUGUUCCUCAGCCUUAGGAUGGAAAGGGGUGGGCGAUUGGUCUAUCAAUCUCACAAGAACGAUAUCACCACUCAAUCACUUGAAAUGUUUGUUCGCAUGGCUCGUAAUGAAGACAUCACGGAUAAAGACCACAAAGACACGAAGCAAUCUGUUCCAGACUGCAAAGACCUCUUGUUAGAAGGACUUAAAGUUCUUCAGAAUGAUAUAACUUCGGGAAAAAUAUCUCGACUAAAAUUGCAUUUCUUCUGGGAUGCUCCUGCCGGAGAACUAAACCAAAGUAUUGUCCAAGAAGAUCCAACUGAUCUUGAAGAAGAAGAUCACGAAGAAAAUGAACAAACAGUCACCCCCGAGACUUGUUUUGAAAUGUAA